GGUGGAUCCUGCUGGAGUCCAAUGGCUGAUACCGGAUCUGACAAAGUAUUCCUGUCGACUCACAGUCGACACAAACACCAUAAACCUUUACCUCAAACUGUCUGACAACAACAGGAAGGUGACUUAUGGGACGGAGGAACAGUCAUAUCCUGAUCAUCCAGACAGAUUUGAUGACUGGUGUCAGCUGCUGUGUGGAACUGGUCUGACUGGUCGCUGUUACUGGGAGGUGGAGUGGACCGGAGACGUUCAUGUAUCAGUGAGCUACAGAGGAAUCAGCAGGAGCGGAGGCAGCAAAAACUGCAUGUUUGGAUGGAAUGAUCAGUCCUGGAGUCUGAGCUGCUCAGAUCGUGCUUACUCAGUCUGGCACAAUUACAAAGAAAUACCUGUCUCCUCCUCCUCAGCGUCAUCAUUUUAUUCCUCGAACCGAGUAGCCGUGUAUGUGGACUGUCCUGCUGGGAUUCUGUCCUUCUACAGAGUCUCCUCUGACAAACUGAUCCACCUCCACACCUUCAACACCACGUUCACUGAACCGCUUCAUCCUGGAUUUGGUUUCAAGUUUGGGUCUUCUGGUUCCUCAGUGUUUCUGUGUUGACUUUCAUUCAAGGAGAGUAUUCAGUGUGUACACUUCACGUCUUUUACUUAAAAACACGUUUUUAGAACAGUGUCUUCAAGCGGUUUCUCUUUUAUACUUUUCUAAAGAAAUCCAUGUAAGCUGUUUCCUUUUCCAGGUUUUUAAUGAUGGAAGCUGUGAAUAUUUCAGGAUCUAAAUGUUUUUCUGUCUGUUGAUGGUGGUGGGGUUUUUACCAGCAUUUUACCUGCAUUUUCCUGAAACAUCGUCCCCACCAAGUAGCAAAAACAAGGGCACAAACAGUCUGGUAGUCUUCAUGAUGGAUGCAAGGGUUAUAUGAGCAAAAUACAAAUAGAAGCCUUUUUCAGUCUCUUUGUGGUUGUGCUCUAAUGGAGUCUGUUUUAUAAACCACCAUUAAACAAAAAACUAGUGACUUGUUAUAUCCUGCAUGGUAAUGCUGCAGUGAGUGUUUUUGUAUCAAAUAUCCAUCCAAUCCAUCUGUUUCAGACAAGUGACUUCUUUGUUCAGAAAAAGAAACAGUUUUUCACUGUUCCGCGCAACAUCCAAGAUUAUUGUUCUUGUUGGUUGGUCUCAGUGAUAUUUUCAAAUUUGGUGGAGAAUCUUUUAUUAGCCUAAUGUACAUAACUGAUAAUUUUGUAACUGUUUGUAUGAUUAAAAGAAAGUUGGUUUACUUAAAAAGGAACGGGUGAAAUAUCUGAGCUGGAAAGAAAAGACAAAUGGACAGAUUUGUGAUUGCCUGCACUUGUUUUAGAUCAUAUUGAGAGCAAAAGUUAUAUAUUGUAGAAAUAAUAAUGUUCACAACUGUACAGUAUAUGAACUGGACAUAUUUCAAGACUACAAAGAAAUUUUCUUUUACUAUUUCAAAACUUUCUUUUUUCUGAUGUGUUGAAAUGAGUUUGUUGUUAAUACAGACUGUUAUUAAUUUGUUUCUUGUUUAGAAAUCAAAAUCAAUCUUUCGUUUUUAAAGAACUAAAACUUUGUCUUUUCUCUUUGUUGUGUCCUAAUAUCUUAAAUUAUAAUUUGGGGUGUUCUCUGCAGGUCUGUGGAUGUUACUCUACUCUUAUGGAAACUGGAGUACCCAGAGAAAAUACACACUCUUCACACAGGAAGACCCCAGGUCUGACUCCAGUAUUGAACCCAGGGCUGAUUAACCUGGUUCUGUAAAAUAAACCAAAUUUACCAGCUCUACUUCACAUCGAUACAGGAGUGUUUG